UGGAUAAGCAGCGCCGCGGGUUUGUCUCGCUGGACCCUGACAGGGUUUCUUCACAGCCAGACAUCAGGAGUCCACGACACGAUGGGAAGCUGCGACGGCUUGUCUUCGUCUCCAAACAGAGGUGGGUACGUCAGCUGGAGCGUGGACUCUGGAGAGUCCAGGCAACCUCCAACCGGACCUCCACCAGGAGCAGGAGAAACAGAGGCUUUUUCUAACCAGAGCCAGGAGCCGACCCAUUCAGGUUGCGUCCCAUCUCUGAUUCGGUCAACACAAGAACCCAGUGGAGAAGAAGGAACAAACACGGCGUUCGACCUUCCGUACCCACGUAAACAACUCACAAGGAGGAAAUGCACCAAAAUCUCCAAAAACUGCAGACAAAUCCCAGGGAACAGCAAGUUCAGAGACCACGAUGGGAGCUCCAAACUGCCACGAGACGCUGUGGCAAACAAGGAGGAACCUUCUCAUUCCCAGGAUGAAAACAUUCCCCUACACAGGAGCAGUCCAGUCAUCUCCAGGCGCAGCAAACCUGUCUCCUGGCAGGAAAAGGCAACCAGUCCGUCUAAUUUAUUAAGCAUGGACUCUUCCCCUCCUUCCCCCGGUUCAUGUGACCUUACCGGUAGUCUGACGUCUACUGGUAAGGAGGACGUGGAGCGCCGGCUGACUUCCUGUCACCAACCGUUCAAAACCACGGUGGAGGAUAAGAAGCMGCGUGUUUCUCUAUCGYCAAGCCCGAUCAGCAUCCUGAGCAGCCAGGACCGAUCCAGCAGACGCCCUCAGCAACCUGAGAAGGAUCAAAGGGGGAGGAGCCUAAACAGCUGGAGUACCCCCAACAGGACAGGUCACUCAUCCUCAACGCAUCACAGCAAAGACAGAAGCUGCUCUGAACUCCUGGAUUUACCUGCAGACAUCUUUAGGACCAGCUGUGAGCUGGAAAAGGUCUGCUAUUUUGAUUUCACUGCUUUUACGAUCAUUUAUGUAGAUUUGUAG